AUGGCGGGUGUUGUUCCAACCGAAAUGUCCGCUAAUAGUCCAAGGCGCACCGCUCAAUUUGCACGUAAUGCCCAAGGUCGAGGAAACACGGAGAUGAAAACCGGAAUCCUUCAACUUGUCUAUGCAAAUCCAUUCACCGGAAUGGAUCAUGAGGAUCCUUUCGCUCAUCUCACCAAAUUUUAUGAGAUUGCGGGUUCAACGGGAGUUAAUGCGGAGAAUGAAGAAUCAUUGUUCAAGAGCCUAUUUCCACAUUCAUUAAUUGGGAAAGCCAAAGAGUGGUAUCUUGAUCAAUUACCAAAUGUGAUGAUAGAUUGGAAUCUAUUGGAAGAAAAGUUUUUAGAACGAUAUUUUCCUCAAUCCCGAUUCAUGGAGGCCAAAACAGCAAUCGCGGUUUUCAACCAAGGAAGCAACGAACCACUUAAUGAGGCUUGGGAAAGAUACAAGUCAUUGUUGAGAAAGUGCAAGGGGCAUGGUUUUGAUGAGCUCACACAAAUUCAUCUAUUCCGAAAUGGACUUCAACCGGUUCACAAAACAUUUUUGGAUGCUACCGCGGGUGGUUCUCUUAUGUCCAAAAGUGUGGAGGAAGUAAUCACUAUCAUCGAUCGAAUGGCACUCAAUGAUCGACAAUGUCAACAUGAUCGAAGUCCUUCACAAACGAAACCGGGAGUUCUUGAAUUGAACACCAAUGAUGCCAUCCUUGCGCAAAACAAGCUUCUUUCACAUCAAGUGGAGUUACUCACACAACAAAUGACCAAACUCCCGCAGCAAAUGAAAGAGAUUCAAGGAUCUCAAACUAGGCACCAUCAAUUGUCCGAGCAACAACCGGGAGCAUCCUUUUCCGCCAACACCCAAACCAAUUCAAAGGAGCAUUGCAAAGCCAUUUUUACAAGAAGUGGGAAGGAGGUGAAUAGUGGCGUAAAUGAAGAGGUUAUAGUGGAAGAUGAGGAGGAAAUAAUAGUUGAAGAUGAAGAGGAGGAAGUGGCAGUUGAAAAUGAGGGAGAAAAGAGUGAGGAGAAGAUAGAGGAAGAAUUAGUUGAAAAAGAGCGGAAAGAAAAAGAAGAAAGAGAGAAAAAUGACAAAAAAGUGAAGAAGAAUAAAAAGAGAAAUGAGAAUAUGCUCACAAAGAAAAAAAAGUACACGGAUGAAGAGACAGUUGUGCUUGAUGCUCAUUGUAGUGCAAUUAUUCAAAAAACUCCCCCAAGAAAGGAAGCCGACCCGGGACGAGUCAUUUUACCGAUUACCAUUGGAGGUAACUACAUUAGUAAUGGUUUGGUUGAUUUAGGGUCUAGCAUCAAUUUAAUACCUUUAUCCGUUGUCAAGAGAUUGGGGAACAUUGAGAUGAAACACACCAGGAUAACUUUACAACUAGCCGAUAAGUCUAUCAUUUCACCAUAUGGAGUUGUACAAGACAUGCUGGUAAAGGUGGACAAAUUUUUGUUCCCGGUUGAUUUUGUGGUAGUCGACAUGGAGGAGGAUCGUGAUGUUCCAUUAAUACUUGGAAGACCAUUCAUGAAGACCACCCGAAUGAUGAUUGAUAUCGAUGAUGGGAUUAUGAAAGUAAGGGUGCAAGAUAAAGAGGUAAUUUUUACUCUUUUUGAGUCUAUGAAGCCUCCUAAGGAUGAACAUGACAACUUCCAAGUCGAUGAUGAAAAAGAAGAAAUCAUUGAGGUGGAAAAUCAAUUUCACAAGGACAAAGACAAGGUAAAUCAUGAGGGGAAGACUCAUCACAAAAACUUUAAAGUUGGACAAAUGGUGCUUGUGUGCAAUUCAAGACUCAAGGUGUUUCCUAGCAAGUUAAAAUCAAAGUGGUCGGGGCCAUUUGUUGUGAAAGAGGUGCGAAACUAUGGAUCCAUUGUGGUGGAGGACCCUAAAACACAAGAAAGCUGGACUGUAAAGGAACGAAGACUCCAAGUCUACCACGAUGAAUAA